AUGCCUACAGCAACCACGGAUCCAAACCACCCAAAAAAAUCUGAAAAAUAUAGCAAAAUUGAUUACUUCACUGAGGUACAUGAUCUAUGCAUAGAAGACAAGAAGAAAAAGGACAACCCAGUUGAUAAAGGGGAGAUAUUAGGAAAAAAGAUAAUACAUUAA